GAGCUGCUGCUGGGCAUUCGGGAAAAUACAUUUCAGGUCGAGUUCGCAUUUCAGUCUGUUGGUUCCAACGCUGUGUGGUUCUUGGCUAACCCGCACCGCAUGUGGCGGCGGAGGAUCCUCUCCCACAGCUCGCAGUGACCUUGCGGUCACGCGACGACCGCCAUGGCUCGCGGCGGCGGGACGAAGGGUGGACCUCUCGUGAAGCGUGGAUCGGACAGCAAAACUGCUGGUGGAAAGACACGUGGCGCCAGCAGCGGUAAAUCCAACCCCAAGGAUAGGGCACCAUCACGCAAAACAGCCGGUGGCGCGCAGCAUUCCAGCCGGCUAGCCAGCAGCAACCGCGGCCGAGGACGUGGGGGGGCGGCAGUAGGACGGGAAGGCAAGGCCGGUGCGAAAGCUGCCAAGCCCGCGAAACCAGCGGUGGCGGCUGCGGCGGUGGAGGAGGAAGAGGUUGAGCUGUCCGACGACGACGUGGCAUUCUUCUCGAAGCACCAGAACUUCGCGCGCUUCUUGUCGGGCCUGGAGGAGCAGAAGCUGGGCAGUGAAUCCAAGGGAAGCAAGCCUAAACCUCCGAGACCGGAUCGUGCUGAGGAAGGAAGCGAUGCUGACAGGUGCGAGGAUGAUGGAGGAGAGGAGGAUAGUGAUGAUGAUGGAGAUGGAUUGGACGAAAGUGAUGACGUGGACGAAGAUGACGUGGAGGAGGACGUCACUGACGAGGAUGAGGAGCUAGCGGAGGAAGAGGAGGCGGACACUAACAGUGCAGAGGGCGUGCGGGUUCCCGGAGACGGAGAAGAAAUCGCUGCGGAAGAGGCGGAAGAGGCGGAAGAGGCGGAAGAGGCGGAAGAGGCGGAAGAAGAGGAGGAGGAAGAGCAAGAGCUUGAGCCAGUGAUUUCCGAUGACGAGUUCGACGAUGAGGAUGACGAGGAAGAGGAGGAAGAGGAUGAGGAGGACGACGAUGAGUUCGAUGACGACGAGGACGAGGUGAUGGUUUUCGCCGACUCGUCCGCUGCAGGCCUUGGCGCUGGCCCGCUGAAAGGCGCUAAAGGCAAAAUGCGGGACGCACGGGGAGCGGACAAGGGGAAGGGCGGAGUGAAGGAGCAGGAGGAUGGGGGGGAAGGGGAAGAAGCGGAAGACGAUGCGGAUGGGGAAGGGGAAGAGGAGUCGGAGGACGAAGAGGCGGAGUACGAGCGCCAAGUCAGGCGCCCGGGAUGGGCCGUGGCUGCGGGGCCAGCGGGGAAAUUUGCCCCGAAACCCCGCGCUGCCCCUGCUGCAGCAGCAGCCGCGGAGGUGGUUGCGGCGGAAGGAACGCCAGAGGCGAAGGGGGAGAAGAGAGGUUCAAUGCGGGGUUUCGGGCUUAUUGCGGCGAGGGACAAGGGGGUGCUGGUGGAUGCUGUUGAUGCCCUGCCGGUUAAAACCCUUGACGGCCGGCUGAUGUAUCGUGCGAUCGAAGUGGCGGAAGGGGGAGAGGGAGAGGGAGGGGAUGAAGGGGAGCUAGCAGGUGGGGCGAGAGAGGAGAAAAAGAAGGGGAAGAAGGGGAAGGAGGAGGUGGAGGAAGAGGAGGUGAAGGGAGACGAGAAAGCGGAGGGAGGGGAGGGUGAGGAGGAGGAAGAGGAGGGUGGAAGGGUUGGAAGGAAAGGGAAGGAUGUAUCGAGGCUCACCCCACAAGAGCAAGCUAUGAUGGAGUUGGAGGAGGAGAUGUCGGUGGAGGAUCGGAGAGCAGCAGUGAAGAAGGCCAUAGCGAGGAUGAGCACGCAGAUCCUUGCAGACCCGGAGACGCACAUCGGCUUGCUGAAGUCGUUGCACAAACUGUGCUCUGACUCGGACUCGAUUGUGUCAAGCUUGGCCGUCUUGUCGCUAACGGCGGUGUUCAGAGAUAUUAUCCCUGGGUACCGCGUGCGCAUGCGCACGGAGAAGGAGAGGGCCAUGGUGAUGAGCAAGGACGUCAAGCGGCGCUGGCUCUUCGAGGAAGGGCUGCUGCACUCUUACCAGUCAUUCGUGACGCUUCUGCUGAAGUACGCCAAGCAAGCAGCGCGCCGAGCCGUGUCUGUGCGCGCCAUGUGCGGGCUGCUGCGGGCGGCGCCGCACUUCAACUGCCGCUCGGAGCUCAUCCGCGCGAUCAUUCCGCGCAUGGACCUGGCGGACGACGGCAUCAGUUCCCUGUGCUGCUCAACGAUAUCGGAGUUGAUGCGUGAGGACGGACGACACGACGGCGAGGCCACGGUGGAGGCGGCGGAGCUCGUAGCUGACUUCAUCCGCCAGCGCUGCUGCGUCACGCGCCCUCAGGUAACGCUGCUGCCUCUCGGUGCUGCUCGUCUUCCACCCCCUCGAGUUCGACGACGAUCUCCUGCAGUCCGCGGAAGGCCGCGGAGCCGGGGGCCCGCGGGGGGCGCAGGGCGGAAAGCAACCUGGGGGGGCGGGGCGGGGGGAGCCGGGGGAGCGGCGGAAGGGGGCACGGAGGAGCAGCCGGGAAAGCCCAAGUCGAAGAAAGAGCGGAAGCUAGAGAAGCGGAAAGAAGCGGCGAGAAUGAAAAAGGAAGUAGAGGGGGAUUUCAGGGAGGCGCAAGCCGUUAGAGACGAGUCUACCCGGAAACAGCAGCAGGCGAGGGUUCUAGCCGCCGUGUUCGAAGCGCUUUUUAGAGUAGUUAAAGCCGCCGCCAUGCUCCACCAGCCCCGCCCCACUGAUGGGUCCGGCGCGCUCUCCCUCCCCCCGCGCCCGCUCCUCCCCUCCGCGCUUUACCUAGUUGGUCACUUCUCGCACAUGCUUUCGGUGGAAUAUCUUCCGGAUCUCCUCUCCACGCUGCGCCAGCUGGCUGCUGACGUGGCGACACCGUUGGAGGGGGACGAUGAUGACCUGGCGGGAGGUUGGGGGGAGGGGGAGGGGGCGGAGGCAGGGGGCGGAGAAGGGGGGAGGGGAGGGGAUGUGGUGACGUGGGAGGGGGGGAGGCGGAGGAGAUUAGGGUUGAGGUUGGAAGAUAGGCUCACGUGCUGCGUGGUGGCGCAGAGGGUGAUGAAGGCGAAUCUAGAUUCACUGAAUGUAGACAUGCGGGGGUUCGCGACGCUCGUGUAUCAGAUGGUUCUCGAAGCGCCGAUCGUUCCCGCGCAGAUCGCCCUCUCGUCAGAAACACCCUCGCUACACGCAUCCUCGUUAAAAGCAGCUCCGCCAAAAGCAUCCUCGUCGGAAGCGGACCCGUUAGAAGAAGAGAUCACGCCAGGGGGCGGCGCGAUAUCCUCGUUAGAAGCGGCCCUGGUGUCCGCGCUACAAGAAGUGUUCAUGUCGUCGGGUAACCGCCAGGCCGACAUGACUCGCGUCGCUGCGUUCGUCAAACGGCUCGCCGCUGCCGCCCUGCACUUAAGCGCCGCUGGCGCUGUUGCUGUGCUCCUAGUGGUGCGGCACCUGCUGCUGCGCUACCCCCGCUGCCGCGUCUUGCUGGACAAGGACCCGGAUGACGAUCUGCACGCAUCGGGGGCGGCCUUGGCCCUUACGGCGGCCUAGCUUCGACUCAGAAAUCACCUUUUCAGUCGACUCAAAAAUCACCUAGCUGGGCAAGGACCCUGACGACGAUGUGCUUGCAUCAGGGGGCGGCCGUGGCCCAUACGGCGGUGGAGCUGUGAGUGGGCUCGGCGUGUUGUGCGUUUAGUUG